AUGCGAGAGUGUAUUUCAAUUCAUGUUGGACAGGCUGGUGUUCAAAUUGGCAAUGCCUGCUGGGAAUUAUAUUGUUUAGAACAUGGUAUACAACCCGAUGGUCAAAUGCCGUCAGAUAAAACAAUUGGUGGAGGUGAUGAUUCAUUCAACACAUUUUUCUCGGAAACUGGCGCUGGUAAACACGUACCACGUGCCGUUUUCGUCGAUCUCGAACCAACCGUCAUUGACGAAGUACGCACAGGAACAUAUCGUCAACUCUUUCAUCCAGAACAAUUAAUUACAGGAAAGGAAGAUGCUGCCAACAACUACGCUCGAGGACAUUAUACAAUUGGAAAAGAAAUUGUUGAUCUUGUAUUGGAUCGUAUUCGAAAAUUAGCCGAUCAAUGUACUGGUCUUCAAGGAUUUUUGAUCUUUCAUUCCUUUGGUGGCGGUACUGGUUCAGGAUUCACCUCGUUAUUGAUGGAACGAUUAAGUGUGGAUUACGGUAAAAAAUCAAAACUUGAAUUUGCAGUUUACCCAGCACCACAAAUAUCAACAGCCGUGGUUGAACCGUACAAUUCAAUUUUAACAACACAUACAACUCUGGAACAUUCAGAUUGCGCAUUCAUGGUUGACAAUGAAGCUAUCUAUGAUAUUUGUCGUCGAAAUUUGGAUAUUGAAAGACCAACGUACACAAAUUUAAAUCGUUUAAUUGCACAAAUUGUCAGUUCAAUAACAGCUUCACUACGUUUCGAUGGUGCAUUGAACGUUGACUUAACAGAAUUUCAAACCAAUCUUGUACCAUAUCCACGUAUUCAUUUUCCAUUGGCCACUUAUGCACCGAUUAUUUCGGCUGAAAAAGCCUAUCAUGAACAAUUGACGGUAGCUGAAAUAACAAAUGCUGUCUUCGAACCAGCAAAUCAGAUGGUUAAAUGUGAUCCAAGACAUGGAAAAUACAUGGCCUGUUGUCUAUUAUAUCGUGGAGAUGUUGUCCCAAAAGAUGUUAACGCUGCCAUUGCAACCAUAAAAACAAAACGAACAAUUCAAUUUGUAGAUUGGUGCCCGACAGGUUUCAAAGUUGGUAUCAACUAUCAACCACCGACAGUUGUACCAGGAGGAGAUCUGGCUAAAGUUCAACGAGCUGUCUGUAUGUUAUCAAAUACAACUGCCAUUGCUGAAGCAUGGGCUCGUCUUGAUCACAAAUUUGAUUUAAUGUAUGCUAAACGUGCUUUUGUACACUGGUAUGUUGGUGAAGGUAUGGAAGAAGGUGAAUUCAGUGAGGCACGUGAAGAUUUGGCAGCAUUGGAAAAGGUAGGUGUUGAUGAUUAUGAAGAGGUCGGUGUUGAUUCAGUUGAAGGCGAGGGUGAAGGCGAAGGAGAAGAAUAUUAG